AUUUAAUGUAGAUCUAGUGUUAAAUUAUUAGUCUAUUUUAAACAUGAAUGAUGAAAAUUCCUUAAUUUUUCUUUCUCUUUAGAUGAAGCAGUAUGCACUGGUCUAUAAUCAGCUCUCAGAAGAAUGCUUUAAAGGUUGUGUAUCACGUCUAAGCCAAAGAAAUCUAUCAGAUCAAGAACUGGAAUGUGUUGACUCGUGUGCAGAGAAACUCCUCAAAGCAAAUUACAGACUUAACUUGAAGGCAGCAGAAAUGGGACCAACAAACAAAAUGAUGUAGGACUAUAUAUACAUAUAUAUUUCAGUAAAAUCUAAAACCAUCAUAAAUUAAAUACCAUACAAAUUUACACAGACUAGUCUACACGUGACAAUGAGAUUCAUAGAUCUAUAAAAAAAUAAUUGUCAAUUUGUCAUUUGCUUGGAAAUGGCUGCUCCUCUGAGGUUGCUGAUAUUAGGUCCUCCUGGCUCAGGGAAGGGUACAAUCUGCAAGAAAAUAGUUGAUACUUAUCUACUGGCUCAUCUCUCAAGCGGUGACAUACUAAGAGGUCACAUCAUUAGAGAAACAGAGCUUGGAAAAGAAGUGAAAUCUUACCUUGAUAAUGGACUCCUUGUUCCUGACAAAACCAUGGUCAAUCUCAUGACUACCGAGAUUAAAAGUAUGGCUCAAAAUCAAGGCUGGAUAUUAGAUGGUUUCCCACGGACUUUAAGUCAAGGAAAGGAGCUGGCAAGACAUGAAACAUUUAGAGUGGCACUUUAUUUAGACGUACCUUUUCGUACAAUUAUUGAUAGAGUGAAAGACAGAUUGGUCCAUCUUCCAUCAGGGAGGGUUUACAAUCUUGAGUACAAUAAACCUAAAGUACCUGGAAGAGAUGAUAUUACAGGCGAACUGCUUACACAGCGCCCUGAUGAUAGACCAGAUACUGUGCUAAGAAGACUAGAAAGCUACAAAGAGAUGACGGAGCCAUUAUUGACGUUUUAUAAAAAGAAGGAACAACUCAAGACUUUCACUGGAGAGACGUCUGAUGCCAUUUGGAUAGACGUAAAGAAAUAUCUUGAUUUACUCUCAUAGGGAGACACUUUUACCGCAUUUU